AUGAGUACCCCGGCCUCAACCAUCCUCUACUCGGCGACUGUUCUGCUCGCGCCGGGAUCCCCGGGUCCGAGCGAUGUCAAAGAUAAAGCUCAUCACCGCAAGAAUGGCUUUCAUAAUCCGUGGGACUCUUGGAAAGAUAUCACCUUCGGUCAUGCAGCACGGUUCUGGUGGCAGAUGAUCACCGGGCAAGUCAAGUUUCCGAGCACCACACCACCCACCGUUCCUGUCACAAAGGCCGAGUUCCUGUCCAGUCGCACUACUCCCAGUCUGCGCGCGACCUGGCUCGGCCAUGCUUGUUACUAUGUCGAGUUUCCCAGCGGCCUGCGCGUCCUGUUCGAUCCGGUCCUCGAGGAUCGUUGCUCUCCGCUGUCUUGGUUGGGUCCGAAGCGCUACACCGACAGCCCCUGCCAAAUCCAGGAUCUCCCUAUCAUCGAUGCAGUCGUGAUUUCCCACAACCACUAUGAUCAUCUGUCUCAUCCUACUAUCACCGAAAUCUUCAAAAAGCACCCCAAUUGCCAUUUCUUUGCUCCCCUGGGUAACAAGAGCUGGUUCGAGCAACUCGGAAUUAAGAACGUAACAGAGCUUGAUUGGUGGGAUGAACGCGACUUCGUUCUCUCGCCAUCCCAGAACUCGACGGCAAAAGUGGCGGGAGCGGGAGAAGACGUCAAUUCGCAGUCUGCUGAUAUCAAAGCGCGAAUCGGCUGUCUCCCAUCUCAGCACACGAGUAAUAGAGGGGUCUUUGACCGGGCAAAGACUCUUUGGGCAUCGUGGUCAAUAGAGUCCGGGGGCAAGAAAUUAUACUUCGCUGGGGACACCGGGUACGCAGCCGUUCCAGAACUUCCAGCUGGCAUUGACGAUCAUGCUCCCGAGCACAACUUCCCCACUUGCCCUGCCUUUAAGCAGAUCGGACAGUACCGGGGCCCGUUUGAUCUAGGGUUGAUUCCUAUUGGGGCCUAUGCGCCCAGAUGGUUUAUGAGCACCAUGCACGCUGACCCUCAUGAUGCAGUCAAGAUCUUCCGGGACACUCAAUGCAAGAGAGCCAUGGCCAUUCACUGGGGCACAUGGGUUUUAACCGAAGAAGAAGUGCUUGAGCCGCCCAAGAAGCUGAAAGAGGCAUUGAGAGAACAUGAUUUGCCGGAAACCGGGGUAUUCGAUGUCUGCGAUAUUGGCGAAAGUCGCGAGUUCUGA